AUGACACAGUUAAUAAAUGGAAUUUCCAAGGAACAAAUUACAAAAGAAAUUGGAUCCAAUGGAAGAGUUUACCAAUUGAAUAUAGAGCAAAAUGUCAAAUUCUAUACAGACUUUAUAAUAAAUAAUUUCCUUUUCUUAUAUUCUUUAUCUUUGUUUCAGGCUUUAAGCGGUUUUCUAAUGAUGAUGACGCAAAAUGGAAAGUUAUUGUACAUAUCGGAUAAUGCUGCGGAGUACCUGGGCCAUUCCAUGGUGAGUGUUUUACAGGAGGACCUUUUAAUCCAUGGAGAUAGCGUAUAUGAUAUAAUAGAUAAGCAAGAUCACCAAGCGAUCCAAUGCGAAUUGGGACGGCCAGUAAAUACGGGGUCCAAUCCAAGUGAUGAAAUUCGGCUGUUUUUAUGUAGGAUGAAUGUUUCUAGGAAUGCUAGGCGACAAAUGAGGUUUGGGGACCAAAAGGUAGUUUUAGUUCAAGGAAGAUACCUCUCCUUUUUACCACUAUGUAGUCGCAACGAACCAGUAUUUUUAGCAACGUGUACCCCGGUCGCCAUGCCCGAAACCAGGGAGUGUGUCGUUCAGGGUGCCACCAACGUAUUUACAUCCAUUCAUUCUAUGGACAUGCGGUUUAUCCAUAUCGAUACCAACGGCGAAUUCUACCUGGGCUUUCCGCGCUCCGAGCUGCAGGGGGUGUCCUGGUACCGGCUGCUGCACUGGGAAUGCACGCGUGAGGCCCAAACUAAACAUCGUCUCAUAACACAAUCGGAACAAGAACGCUCCUGCAUCUUAUUAGCUCAGUUCCAAAGGAGAACAGGUGAGUGGAUAUGGAUGCACUGCGUGUUGCAGGUGAAGGAAAGCUCCGAAAGUAACCAACAGCCAGUAAUCGUGUGCACCAACCAAGUACUAACCGACGCUGAAGCAGCUGUUAUGAGAACCAAUAGUUGGCUCUAUCAUUAUUACUCUGUACAAAAUAAAUUGCAAUAUGGUCUUACCUACGAUGUUGGACCUUCUUCUCGUCUGUUGUAUUAUCCUGAACAUACCCAAACACCUGAAUUUGCAACAACGCACGACGCCAGUGGGUAUGCGCAUCUCACUGCAAUGCCCACACCUAUGCAAACCCAUUUAACUCAUCAUCCUGCUUCUACGCAUGCCCACCACAACCAGCACCACCAUCACCACAGACGUGCUGAUUCAGAACCUGUAGACUACUCUUAUAGCAAAAGAAAACCCAAAGAAUUACAAAAUUUACAAUUAGAAGUUACAGAUCAUGAAAUCACAGACAGUGAAGGAGGUAGCAGUGGUUUGCUGGUUAUAUCCCAUAUGUCCGAGCGACCACGCACUUUACUUAAAGUAGAUCCUAGCGAAUUAAUGGACCAAUGGAACCCUAGUCCACCUUGGUCCGAUACUUUACAAAAAGUACCGGAUCUCUGCCACCAAGAACUUAGUCCGUACAUAGGCAGUGCUCCUCCCACCCCUACAGCCACACCAAGCAAUCAAACUAGUGCAUUUUCUUUCGACUGGAUGCCAGAGCAGUAUGUUCCAUCAUUAGCAGCCGUAGCUUCAGUAGAUGAUGGAGAAAGACCUAUCUACUGGCCGACUGAACAUAGACUGUUUCCCCUACAACCUCCACCAAAAAGAAACCACGGACCAGGGAGGUCGGAAUCAGUGGAUAGAGACACACCUUAACUUUGUGAUAAAUAGCAAAUUUUAGGAUAUUGCCAAGUGCAAUAAAAUUUAGAAUCUUUUAUUUAUUUUAAAUUAACUGAAUUUUAGAUUGUUUUUAGAGGGAACCACAACAUUACGUUUUCGGCAAAUUGUGUGAAUAUGACGAAAGUAAUUUUCAUAUUUUGGUAUGAGUGCUGGGAAAAAUCUGGCAACACUGCCUUACACAUCAACUCUCCCUCUCUCUCUUUCUCUCUCACCCGACGACAUUCGCCUCUCGGCAUUGCUCAGUGUUGGCCUAGCAGCCUUUGAAGAUGGAGGUCACAGUAGCUAUUACCGCGAAUGCAAAAUUUGUUCUGUGAUACGUUUUUUAAAUGCAAAAUGGAUUUCACUUAUUGACAUUCAUCGUCAUCACCUAUUGACAUUCAUAGUGGGGAAAACAAGAAGAGACAGAGUUAGAAAUACAGACAUUAGAGAGCAAUGCAAAAUUCAAGAUAUUGUAAGAUGGGGAAGGCAGCGCAAGAGGAUGUUGUACAACCAUGUAAGACGAAUGGAUGAGAAUAGACUCCCAAAAAGUUGCCCUAGAAAACAACCCGCCCGGUUCAAGACCCCCCGGAAGACCACCUAAAAGAUGGAGGGAUAUUUGGCAAUCUACCUCCCAGGAAAUUAACCAAAGGCAGCUUCAGAAUUAAACAGAUCGAAAGAUGUCCAAGAAGUAAAAGAAGAAGAAGACAUUCAUCGUCAUUUAAUCGAAGUUUAUGGGUAAAAGUGCAUAUCUGUUCAACAUGUUCGCAAAUGGUGAAGAGAAUUCAUUGAAGGCCGAACGGAAAUUCACGAUGAAUCUGAAGGCUCCGAUCUUCACUGAAUUCUCCACACCAGUUGUGAACAUUUUGACAGAUAUGCACUUUUACCCAUAACUUGGAUUAACUGACAAUGAAUGUCAAUAGGUGAAAUCCAUUUAGCAUUUAAAAAACGUAUCUCAACAUGAAUUUCACCUUGGCGGCAACAGUGGCUACUAGGCCGACACUGAGCAAUGUAGAGUAGUGAAAGUGGUGGGGUAAGAGAGAGGGAGAGUUGAUGUCUAAGGCAGUGUUGCCAGAUUUCUCCCAGCACGUCGAAAUCUUUCGUAGCGGCAUAGAGAAUAUUUUUUUACGAAUGCUCCUUGUAAAUCAUGUACCUAAAGUGUUGAAUAUAAACAACAUUUUUGACUUAUUGACACAAUUCUCCGAGAUCACAACAUUGUGAUACCUCGUUUAUGUUACAACCUAAUCCUGUUCCGUCCAAGUUUGACAGUACUUGUUUCGUUUGAGUACAAAAUUAUAACAGGAUCUCAAUAGAAUAGGAAUACAUUGUGUAUCAAACUUCAUUAAUUUAAUUAAUGAUCCUACAAAAGUAGUCAAUAUCCAUAUUUUAAAUGUUAAAACUUUUGGUCCCAAGGUUUCGCCUUUAAGUGAGUUUUUGAUUUUGAUUCAAACCAAGGCCAAUUUGAUUCAAACCGGCCUGUGAGAAAUGUCCACUCUCUCGAAAAGCACAUUCGGUGUAACAAUUCAUUGGAGGGAGGUGUAUUAACCCGAGCAAAAAACAGAAGUCACUCCACCUCGCUCCAAUGCUCCAGACCAUCCCUUUCCCCCCUAUAGCACGCUGAUGCGCGAUAGGAGCACAACUAUCAGCCAAAUGCACUUCACAUGGGAAUCCUGGGUAAUAAGAUUCCAAUGUGGUGCCCUAAUCGGUUUCAAAACUAGGCCAGCGUGAAGCGCUCUAUGCCUGUAUCCUCUAUUUACUUAUCCGCGAACUAAAAAUUGCUUGCUUGGGCCCCGAGUCACUGAACCGAGCCAAAGGAGGCUCGGUCCAGUGACCCGGUGUUCAAGUAUUUUUUUGGACCCUACGUGCCCGGAUUAUUUUGUUUUUUAGUAUUGAGUUUUUCGCUUGGAGAUCACAGCUAUAUUUAUAUCUUCAGUUAAUCUCUACUGCUACUUUCACUGAUGUGGUACUUAACUAUCCUGUGUUACUAUUUCAUCAUCCAGCCUUCUGCGUCCAGUUGAACAUAGCCCUCCCCUAAUUUCUUCCAGUUCUGUUGGUCUUUGAGGUUCCUGCAACCAGUUCCCAGCGACCCUUUUGACGUCGUGUGUCCAUCAUGUAGAUAAUCUAGCUCUACUUCUUCUGUAUGUUCGUGGUCUCCACACUGUAAUUUUUUGGCUCCACCUCCCGUCCUUCAUUCUGGCCACAUAGCUUGCCCAAUUCCACUUCAGCCAUGCUAUUCGCUCUAUGACGUCUGUGACGCCUGUUCUUAUGAUUUCUUCGUUUCUAAUCGUGUGUCUCAAGUUCAACAUGUUGUGUAUUUGGGGGGGUAUAUUGGCAUUAAAUCACCACGCUUACCGGACGGGUUGGUGAGCCUUGGCAGUAUCACAGCCGGUUAAAUAAAGAUCUGAUUGUCGCCUGCGACUUUGUGGAACCGCACCUGUCAGGAAUUGUAUUCCUCAGCCACGGGCCACUAAUGACACAGCUACUGCGUUGUGUCAUGUCUGGAUCAGACGCUACAUUUACUUUUACACGAACCCUAAAAUCGGGGGUCGUCACUUCCGCCAUACACACCGUACCGAAGAUGUUCUUCUCCGCCGUGGAUAGCGUUGUGGUCUUCAUCCGUGACCCUGGACAAGGGACCAUAAGCAGGUACUAGUUUCCCGGGUCAGGAGACUCCUGGAAUCUGCAGAGGGUAUUACUUUCCCUGGUAGGACUGUCUAAAUGAGUUCCUACCUGCUACCUAUCGGAAACACCGGACACAACAUCAGAAACAUCGGACACAACUGAAAACAAGUCGCGCAAAAUAGAAAAAACUGGAUUGAAUUGGGGGAGACCUAUGUCCAAAGUUGGAUUACUUGAGGCUGAAGAAGAAGAAGAACCCUGUGUCUGAAAGUCAGUCUAAGUAGUGACCGUUCCAUUCUUCUUUCGGCCUUGGUUUGAUUACUGUAGCUUGGGUUAAUGAUAGUGUUUCGGCGCCGUAAGUCGUGAUUGGAACAUUGAUCUGAUCGUGAUUGGACAUUGGUCGAACGUCUUCUUUUUCAAAUAAUUUGGCAUGUUGCUCUUGAAGAUGUCUGAUAGAGCUCCGUGUGCGGCCGUGCUAAGGUGAUUCUUCCAUGCAGUUCGACAGUUUGAUUGUCCCUGGCAAUUUGGAUUUCAUGCCCCAAGUAUUUAUUUUUGUGAAUUAAUGUUAUUUCGCUGCAGUCGACUUUUGUAUUUUCGCUUUGUACGAGGUUUGUUAUGUACUGAGUUUUUCCAAAUUUACUAUUGAUAGUUUCAUAUUAUGAGAAGCCUACCCUUUAUAAUAUUCUCAAUACUUGCGAUUUAAUAUUGUGACUUACAUAGUGUCUAAAUCUACUUGAGACCUUCACAAACCUCUGAUUUGAGCUGUGCUUCUCAAUAUCUUUUUUUAUAAAACUGUCUGUAAAAGCCGGUCUCUCUUCCUCUAGUUCGGUUUUUUGUAACAUUCUCAAUAUUUACAUAUACGUAUCGAAUCGUUUGUAUUAAAUUCUUUUGCGAGACAUUGUCGAACACGUUUCUAAUUUUAAUAAAUGCAAUACUGAAAUUUAUUGUUGUGUUAUAAUUUUUUGCAUUUUCUAAUAAUUUUCUUUAAUUAGAACAAAAAAUUAAAUCUAAAAUAUGGAAGACAACAAAUACGUUUUGAUGCACUCUGUAUAUAUUUUUACACUUGUAAAUGUACAAUAAAAGUAUUAAGGAGAAACAGGGUACUAAAUAUAUCUGUUUGAA